GUGGGGAAAGAGGGAACUGAGAUGGGAGCUGGUUCCUUGGGAGCUGCCUUGCACUAGGGCUGUUGCCUGACCCAAAGGGAUUAAUUUGUGGGGAAGGGCAGAACACAAUUAUCCGCCCUGCUCCUGCUCCCUGGGCCAAUCCGCCCUUUACGCACAGCUCCUGGAGGCGUUGGGAGGUUCCUACCUGGAGAUCUUGAUAUUGUGCGAGCCUCAGAUUGGGGGGCAGAUUUAACAGCCCAGAUCUCUCUUGGCCGGCCAGGAAGUCACGUUAUAAAGCUACACCGCUCCGGUCUCCGUCCACAGGUCGCACGAGGCUGCUGACGCCAGAGCUGCAGCCCCUUGGCACACAGGGGCCUUCCCGGAGCCAGAAGCCCCCACCGGCAUGGAGCAGUUGGGCAUCGCAUUGCUGUUGGUGACUGCAGUGAGUGGCCAGAAUGACCGGAUCAUCGGCGGCGCCCCCUGCCAGCCUCACUCCGUACCCUGGCAGGCCGCCCUCUUUGUGGGCUCCCAGCUCAACUGUGGAGGGACCUUGAUUGCCAGAAACUGGGUGGUGACUGCAGCCCACUGCCACGUCAAUUGCCCCAUCAGCGUGCGCCUGGGAGAGCACAACAUCAAGCAUCUGGAUUGGACAGAGCAGCUGAGAGUCGCAGAGAAAACGAUCCUCCACCCCCAGUAUAACCCCCCCAGCAAGGACAAUGACAUCAUGCUCAUCAAACUGCUCACCCCGGCGAUCUUCAACAAAAACGUCCAGCCCCUGGAGCUACCUACCAGUUGCCCCUCCACCGGGGAGAAAUGUAUGGUAUCCGGAUGGGGAACAACAAAAAGCCCUCAAUUGUACUUUCCACCUGUUCUCCAUUGUGGCAACAUCUCCAUUAUCUCCCAGCAAAAGUGCCGCAGUAUCUACCCUCGCUACUACACCGAGAACAUGCUUUGUGCUGGGGUGCUGGAAGGGGGAAUAGACUCGUGCCAGGGAGAUUCCGGGGGACCCCUAGUCUGCAAUGGGAAAUUCCAGGGUAUUGUGUCUUGGGGGAGCCAGACAUGCGCACUGUCCAACAAACCAGGUGUCUACAUCACCGUCUGUAAAUACGUCAACUGGAUCCAGGAGACCAUGAACAACAACUGAUCCUUCGUUCCUCAGGACACCGACCCCUCUCUCUCCUACCUGCGCUGCCGCAUAGGGUCCGUACAGUGCCGUUGCAGGCACAUUAGCUAGAUUGUCCCUCCUGGCUCUGUGCACAGAUGUUAAAUAAUAAAGGCCCUCUGCUGUUGGGAGCGGUUAGUUCACGGAAGCUCCACAUUAUUUCAUGCCUUGUUCUUAGUGUAGCACCAUGCCCUGGAAGUGUAACCAUUCACUGCAGCAUCUGGGCACCUCACAGUUGCCAAUGUCUUUAUCCUCACACACCCAUUUGAGGCAAAGCAGGGCUAUUCUCCCCAUUAUAUAGCUGGGGAAACUGAGGCAUGGAGCAGCUAAGUGAUUUUUUCAUGCUCACACAGGAAGUCUGUAAAAGAGCUGUUAUAAAUAUAAAGGGAAGGGUAACAACCUUUAUGUGUGCAGUAAUAUAAAAUCCCUCUUGGCCAGAGAUACAGAAUCCCCUUACCUGUAAGGGGUUAAUCAGUUCAAUUAACCUAGUUGGCACCUGACCAGAAAGACCAAUGGGGAAAAAAGAUACUUUCAAAUCUGGAGCAGGGGGGAAAGGCUUUGUUUUUGUGCUCUGUGUGUGUUCUCUCCGAGACAAAGAGAGAGACCAAGCAAGUAAUCCAGCUCCUACUGAAAUGAUACACCUAAUAUUACAGAAAUAGUAAGUAAUAGCAAGGAAUGCGUUAAAUUAUCUUUUGUUUUAGCUCGUGAAUUUUCCCUGUGCUAAGAGGGAGGUUUAUCCCUGUUUUUUGUAACUUUGAAGUUUUGCCUAGGGGGGAAUCCUGUGUGUUUUAAGUCUUAUCACCCUGUAAAAUUACCUUCCAUCCUGAUUUUACAGAGGUGUUUCUUUUACUUUUUUUUCUUUAUAAUAAAGUUAUGUUUUUUGAGAAUCGGACUGGUUUUUAGUGUCCUAAAAACCCCAGGGUCUGGUCUGUGCUUGCCUUGUUUACCUAUCUGGUUGGUAGAUUAUUCUCUAGCCUCCCCAGGAAAGAGGGGGAAGGGGCUUGGGGGAAUAUUUUGGGGAAACAGGAACUCCAAGUGGUUCUUGUCCUUUUCCUGAAUCUUUGUCUAACUCACUUGGUGGUGGCAGCAGUACUCAUCCAAGGACAAGGAAGGAUUUGUGCCUUGGGGAAGUUUUUAACCGAAGCUGGUAAAAAUAAGCUUCGGGGGUCUUUCAUGCGAGUCCCCACAUCUGUACCCUAGAGUUCAGAGUGGGGAGGGAACCCUGACAUCAUAGCAGCGCGGUGGGAUCAUUCUGAACCAGAAGCACAGACCUUAGAAUUUUAAAAAGAAAAUAUUUUUUUCUUUUGACUGCUUGAAGUCAGGGAGGUUAUUUUUUUUUUUGGUUUUUUUUUUAAAGGACACUUUUUUUUUUUAACUGAAAGCAGCUGGAGGGGUUUUUGUUUGUUUGUUUUUUCUUUCUUCUCUGCCUCAGGGCAGAGUAGUUAAGCUACAGCAAGGGAAUUCACAAGCUGGGUUUUUUCUUUCUUUCUAGCUCUCGGGUUAGGCUAGGUUAAGCACAGGGAGGCUAGGAUGACGAAAAGUAAUGUCCAAAAAACCCUAGAUUUAGCCAGAUUGGAAGCUGAAGAAAGAAAGAAGAAACAUAAAAAACAACUGAAAUUAAAACAGAUGAAGAUUGAUGCACAAGUGGCCAGAGAAAAAUCUGCUAGGGAGGAGAAGGAAAAAAAGAGGCAGCAUGCUCAGGAGGAGAGGGAAAGAGAGAGAAAGCACAAACUGGAGGUGAUAAAGUUAAAAGGACAAAACCCUUCAGCACUUGGCUCCACCUCCCGAAAAAUCCACAGAUGGGAGCGACUAUGUCCACAGUAUGAUGAAUCCAGUGAUAUUGCUAAAUAUUUCAUCACCUUUAAGAGACUGUGCACCCUCCUUGCAAUUCCUGAAAAUCACAAGAUGACCACAUUGGUAGCAAAAUUGACUGGCAGAGCUCUGGACAUAUUCAACAAGAUGCCUACUGAGGAUGCUUCUGACUGUGGUAAAUUCAAGGAUUUGGUUUUAAAGCAAUUUCAAAUUACACCUAAAACUUACAGAGUAAAAUUUAGAGCCCUUAAGAGAGGGGCUGGACUAAGUAAUGACCAGAUGAAGGAUCUGUUAGAUAAAUGGGUCAAAGAAAGGGGUGUAACUAGCUCUGAAGGAAUGUGUAAUUUGGUUGUCCAAAAGCAGUUCCUGACUAUGACCAAUAAUAAUGUAAAACAAUGUUUAUGGGAUAAAAAAAUGGACUCAACAGAAA